ACUACACUUAUUUAGCCCAGGAAUCCAGAGGAAGCAUACUAGUUGUUAAGUGUUUACUCCGAAAAAUCCUUGAAUAAUGAGAACCAAAACUGUAGUUGCAGCCGGUUUCUUCCUGCUGUUGAUCCUUACAACGUCUUCUGGCUUCCAGUCCGACGAGCUUCUCGUCGACGAUGAAGAGUUUGGUCUCGAAGGUGGAAUCCGAUCCCGAUCCCGUUCCGAUCCCAACAACGUCAACGCAGCAACACCUCAGUCGAUCCGGAAGAGGUUGGUCUCUGAUUCAGAUUCAAAGAUCCAGUUCCCUCUGGAACAUGCCUUUGGUGACUCCAACUUCUCCCGUGCCGGCACCUUUACUGCUCGCCUUAAAUCUUCUUCUCACGGUUCCCAGAUGCAAACGCUGACAAAGCUUCGCUUCUCCAGAAAUGCUUUUAUUGGACCAGAGAAGGAGGAUUUCGAAAAACUCUUGAAAGGUGAUGACUUUUACAAAAUAAGAGUACCAUCCAACGUAUUGAACCUUUCAGGCAGAGAAUAUGUUGUUUCCUCAGUGAAAGCAAGGUGUCUUCCACGGGAUGGUUUGGAGGAGCACUUUCUCAUACAUAUGGACGGUGUGAAUAUUCUGGCUGUUAAUUAUGGUUCCCCUGGUGCAUGCCAGUACCCUCGUCAAUUGAAGUUUCCUGCAAAAUGGUCCUUUAACUCGCAUACAGUCCUAAAACCUACUGAGCAGGCACCCAGAACACCUAUAUUUUCAGAAGCUGUUGUAGGAGAGAAUGCAGAGGGCGACGAAGUGCAGCCUCCAGAGAGAUCUUUCUGGGCUAAAUAUUGGAUGUAUUUGAUCCCUCUUGGACUCAUUGUUAUGAAUGCUAUGACCCAAGCUAUGAACAUGGCUGAAGAACAGACUAGCGGACAAGCAGGGGCUCAAGGACAACAGGCAAUUGGUGCUCAACGUGCACAAAAUACUGUGGUACGAAGAAGAUGAUAGGUGAGCAAGUCGGAAGUUUGUGCAAGUACUUCUGUGGUUUCUUCUUCAUUAUCGAUUUAACUUCCAUAGAAUCUGAACCCAGGCACCGUCAACUUCCUGGUUGCCUUCUUCCAGAGAAUUUGGCCUCACACAUUUAAAUUAGAAAUUGUAUUAGCCCUUCUUAGGGGUGUAAAAAUAAUGUUCAAGUAAUUUUGACUAUUAUUAAAUUGCAGAAACAUGUUAAUCUUGAAGUAAUUUUUUCAAUUUUGUUUAUUGUUUGAGUUUUCUUCUAGUGUCUUUUAUGUAAUGACUAGUUAUCUCAUCAAGCUUUGAGUUUCAAAAAUUGAAUUUUACUUUGAAA